UUUUGGAUCUGAAUGAUGGUGUUCUUAACGAUGUCCUCAGGGGCUCUGCUGCUGUUCCUGUUCAUACAGGCCACCACUGGUCAUAGCUCAGUUCGGUCAGAUGUCAAUGCCACCUCUCCAACACAGAUGUCGACACCACCGCUCACCCCCCCACCCAGCGUCGCAGACAGUAUGUUUUCAACAAUGACAUCCGAUACAACAACAUCAGCAUUAGCCAAUAGUCAAGUCAGAUUGAUCAAUGGUCCUAACUCCUGCUCUGGGAGAGUGGAGGUCUACCACAGUGGUAGCUGGGGGACGGUGUGUGACGACUUGUGGGACUUGAGUGACGCCCAGGUGGUGUGUAGACAGCUGGGCUGUGGAAGAGUUCUGUCUGCACCACGUGAAGCCCACUUCGGACAGGGGAACGGGACAAUCUGGCUGGAUGACGUUAGAUGUACAGGCAGCGAGUCUAAUCUCAUAAGGUGCAGUCACAAUGGGUUUGGAUUACACAACUGUGGACAUCACGAAGACGCUGGUGUCAUCUGUUCAGGAGGCAGCAACACCACAGCAGCACCACCGAUCUCCCGGAGAACCACAACAGGAACAGCCCGACCAACCAACCAAACAACCACAUUGGCAGGGGCUCGGUCACAGUGGGUGGAUGUGGAACCAGAAGUGAUAUCAUAUCCUGGCCAGACGGUUAACCUGCGGUGUGCCUUCAUAGGAACGCAGGUCAUACAGCUCACACAGGUGUCCUGGAUUUUUGAGUCCAGGAAGGGCGAGAGGCUCAACAUAGCCACGUACCACCCCAAUUUUGGGGUAAUGUACCCCACGUCACCCCUGGAGGGACGAGUUAGCUUCCCCACGCCCUCCCUCAGCAACCCUUCAAUCCAGAUCUCUGACAUCAGGAUGACUGAUGAAGGGAGAUACACCUGUGAAUACGCCACCUACCCCAGCGGCAACGAACAGGGCAUCACCUCCCUCGUUAUACUAGCUCUGUCAACAUCACCACCUUUCUACUGGACCACCACAACAAUUACACCAGUGACAGCAUGGCAAGAUGCCCCGAUCAGAUUGAUCAACGGUCCUAACUCCUGCUCUGGGAGAGUGGAGGUCUACCACAGUGGUAGCUGGGGGACGGUGUGUGAUGACUCGUGGGACUUGAGUGACGCCCAGGUGGUGUGUAGACAGCUGGGCUGUGGGAGAGCUCUGUCUGCACCACACCAAGCCCACUUCGGACAGGGGAACGGGACAAUCUGGAUGGAUGAUGUUGGAUGUACAGGCAGCGAGUCUAAUCUCACAAGGUGCAAUCACAAUGGGUUUGGGAGACACAACUGUAAUCAUGGUGAAGACGCUGGUGUCGUCUGUUCGGAAUCAGAGCGUCCUUCCAACUCAGGCCCAGAGCUGGUGUGUGGUCGGCGUCUCCUAAAGGUGGGUCUCAGCCGGGCUGGUCUGGAGACUGCAGGUCUGAACGCGUUCUCUGCUCACCUGGCUGACCUCCGCUGCUCCUCCCACCAGGAAGCUAACGGCACAGUGUGGUUCCAGGUGGAGCGCAGGGAGGGCAGCUGUGGAAACACAUUGACGACCAACAGCAGCCAUGCCAUCUACUCCAACAGUUUAUUCAUCUACCAGGUGCACAAUGUCUCCUUCACCCGACCCGUGACCAUACCUUUCUCCUGUGCCUAUCCGCUAGACACAGAGAGCAGCCUAGAUGUGGCCGUCGCACCCUACCUACCGGUGGAAGGUGGAGUUUCAGGUAUUGGCUCCAAGGUGUCAGCCUCCAUGUCUCUGUACCACAACUCCAACUACACAGAGCCUUACCCAGCGGGUCAGAGAGUCACCCUGCCACUGGGCUCCGUUCUGCAUGUGGGUGUGUCCGUCAACGAGACGGAGACGGAGCGAUUUGUGGUUGUCCUGGACAACUGCUAUGCCACUCACUCCCCCAACCCUGAUGACCCUAUGAGAUAUUUCAUCAUUCAGAACAAAUGUCCUAGUGAUCGUACCCAGGUGAGGGUGGAGGAGAGUGGCUCAUCACUCGAGGCUCGCUUCUCUGCACUGCUGUUUCUGUUCCAGGGGGACUACCGGGACGUCUUCCUGCACUGCAGCCUCAGCCUGUGUGACCAGAGGAGCUCCUCCUGCACUCCAUUGUGUUCCAGACGAAGGAGAUCCCGUUCCAUCUCCAGUUCCGUCCCCCUUAAUCCCGUCACCAUCGGUCCAAUCAGCUGGACUUGGAGUCUGGACUGAGCCUUGGGAGGUACUGCAGUGAGCCGUAUCUGUUUCAUUGUCCUUAUACUUUUGAAAGUACUUUUUCACAUAUCUCUCUGGUUGUGUUUUGUGACUAUUGAAUAUUGUCUUUGUGUUUCAUUGUUGCAGUAAGUAUCCACACCCAGACAUUCAGCUGUCUUUAGAGGUGUUUAUCUUUUCUGGGAGUUUCGGCUCUCCAUGGUGACAUCACCAUGCGGUAAAUUGGUUAAUAGACAAAUAACAAAGAGAAUUCCAAACCUCUCUGUCAAUAAGUUAGUUUUGAGUUUUCCCAUCUCCACUCAGACCACUCCCAGACAGUCCUAGCAAAAUUCUUGCUUGAGAUAGUUUUUUGCUUAAAGCUGUUUUUUUGCCCAUUUGAAUGGGGCUAUUAUAGUAAGUUGCUGAAUUGUUACCUAGAAAUGAUUUGAUAUUGAUAUAAAAUAUGAAAAUGGCUGCAUUGGUACUUUCAAACCACAGCCUUACAUUUUUUGGGAUCAUUGCUUUGAAGCAGUUUUUUUUAGUUGUGUAUCAUUCUAUUAUUUGUGUGAUAUAUUGAUUAUUAUAAACUGGGUGAUUCAAGCCCUGAAUGUUGAUUGGCUGAAAGCCGUAGUCUGUCAGACUAUAAACCACGGGUAUGAAAAAAGAUGACUUUUAACUCUUCUAAUUACGUUGGUAACCAGUUUAUAAUAGCAAUAAGACACCUUGAGGGUGUGUGGUACAUGGCCAAUAUACCACGGCUAAGGGGUGUAUCCAGACACUCCCUGUUGCGUGGUGCAUAAGAACAGCCCAUAGCCAUGUUAUAUUGGCCGUAUACCAAACCCUCUCGGGCCUUAAUACUUAAUUAAUGACAGUCUCUUUGGUUUUGAUGGUUUGUUAAGGUGGGUUAAUGUGUUGAUUUUAUUUCAGGUUUAUUUUUUGACUUGUUUGAACUUUUAACAAUUAUUGAUUUAUUUGAACCUUCAUUUUGACUUUUGACUUUGAUUUUGAAUGAACAUUGAAAAACAUUCUGUAAAACUGACUUAAGACAAAUAAAAUAAUAAU